AUGCCGAUACGCCUGUCCCCGCGCCGGGCACCACUGCUGCUCGCCAGCUUGGGUAUCUUUGCCCUGUUCACGCUCUUUGUUACACUUCCAAGCUCUAUCCCUCAGGGUCCAAGUCUAUCCAAGACCCUGGCCGACCAUAAGAUUCCCAUACCAAAGGUGUCGAAUCCAUUCUCCGCAAGCAUACUGCACCCCUUCAGGCCUGCGUCACAUAAGCCGCCGGAGCAGGCAAACUCCACUUAUGCUGGAAGUUCUUGGUACUCGAACUGGAACUGGCGCUCUCCAUUUUCCUCGUCCGUCACUCUCGAUGAGAACCGAUCGCUUCUCCCGCAGCUGAUGGAGCGACCCCCCAUUUACUGUUACUAUGAUCCAACCAUCCCGAGAGAAGAGGCGACCAAGGAUGCAGAGAGCGACCUACUGCUCACAUGGAGACGUGCAUGGUGGGCACAGGGUUUCAAGCCUAUAAUCCUCAGUCCGGCCGAAGCUAUGAAUAAUCCUCUGUACAACGAGCUGCAGCUCAUGGAUCUGGAGCCGACUUUCAAGACGGAUAUGAUGCGUUGGCUGGCAUGGGAAAACAUGGGCGGCGGUCUGCUGGCUCACCAUCUCUUGCUUCCCAUGGCAGCUCGGGAUGAACCCCUGCUUUCAUUUCUCAGGCGAGGCGAGUACCCCAAGCUUACGCGUUGGGAAGGAUUCGAGGACGGCUUGUUUUCUGGUCCCAAGGCAGAGAUUACAGUUGCCGUCACCACUGCAUUAAGACAUCCAGAGCGAAAAGAUGCCAAGGAUUUCAUUGCCGCCACACCCGCCGAAACCUUCGAUGUUGACCCCAAGCACGACGGUCUGGCAUUCUACAAUGUCAAGACUAUUGAGAACAAAUAUCCCCUCGUUGCUGAGCAACUCGGGGCUAAUCGUGCGACUGGAUUGCAGAGUCUGAACUAUCUCAUCAAUGCGCAUCUCCAUGUCGCGUGGCAGGAUUCGUUCCCCAAGGGCGUGGCUGUCUUGAAGCCUCUUCCCCGCCAUACCUCGACCAUGAUUGAGCCCGCUCUGGACUUGGCAGUUUGGCUUACCUCGUGUCCUGAUACGCCCAUGCCGGCAUCUUGCCCUCCGAAUCUUCCAAAGUGCUCACCUUGUGUGUCGUCCCAUCCGAUGAAGAUCUCUACUCCUUCGCGUUACCGAAAUACGACUGGAAUGUAUACCAUCGGCACAGUACCGCACCCCUACACAAUGGCAUCCCUCAAUGCGUUGAAGAGCGAUAUUGAUAUUCCAUGGGUUCGCCGGAAGAUGGUCCGAGAUUUGUGGUUGGCAGAACUCACAAAAGAGCACUCCGGCACCGGCGUCUCCGGUGCCGCACGUAUUGUCACAUUCAAGGAGGCCGUAGCCGGUGAUUUUGCAACCGCACAUUCUGUAUGGCUUACGGCUGAGCGGGAAGCUGUCCCUCGCGACUUGGACUGGUACUUUGGCUUUACCCUUCCCGUCAACGGCACAGACAAUGGCCAGUCUGAGACGCCUGUACCCGGUCCUGAGCGCCGCCCCAAGCCGGAGCAUGAUCCCGCGGAUGGUCCUGUCCCCACCGAAGAAGACCUCGCACAGGAGCCCGAGUUGUUGAAAAGGGCCCGUGAAAUGGGCAAGAGCGAAGACCCAGCCCAUGUCGCUCUCCGUAACGCUAUCGAGGCUUGGAACCUGGCGGACACGGAAGCCUGGAAAUUCGCGCGUGCAUUCCUGGCAAGGUCGCGUGUUGAGCGCCUCAAGUGGGAAGAGGAAGAGAGAGGAUACGCAGGAGGUGCGGGCAGUGACAAAGAAGCCAAACGCGGUGGAUGGGGUCGUUGGUCCGAGUAG